UCAUCUUCAUCAGUCAGUCAUUAUUUGUCAGCCUUUGAGGGUGCAUGUCAUUUUGUUAUUCGUUUCGCGUAUUUAUUUACGUAGAAUUUUUUGAGAAUAAAAAAUCGUUGCUUCCUUGUCUGAUGCUGGAAUUCUACUGCUAAGGCAAUGCUGCGUCGGUUGCUGUUGCUAGGCGUAGUCGGGCUGGUGACUACUGUGCCUACACCUUUAGACCAGAUCACUCCGAGAGCAGGGGAACGCUGCGGUUACGAUAGCUGUACCGACGCCGAGCCAGGAGUCCUCAACGUGCAUAUAGUUGCGCACACGCACGAUGACGUCGGCUGGCUGAAGACCCUCGAUCAGUACUACUAUGGGAGUCGAAAUAACAUUCAGAAGGCCUGCGUCAAGUGUAUCCUGAAUUCAGUCGUGAAAGAACUAUGGGAAGACCCCAAGAGAAAAUUCAUCUACGUAGAAACAGCGUUCUUCUGGAAGUGGUGGGUGGCGCAGCCUGCGUCCGUGAAGUCCCAGGUUCACACCCUGGUCAGGCAGGGGCGGCUACAGUUCGUUGGCGGGGCUUGGAGCAUGAACGAUGAGGCGGCCAGCCAUUACCAGAGCACUGUUGAUCAGUUCACUUGGGGACUACAAAAACUAAACGAUACCUUCGGCGACUGUGGGCGUCCGCGCGUCGGCUGGCAGAUCGACCCGUUCGGGCACUCGCGCGAGUUCGCCGCCGACCUGGCCUCCAUGGGCUACGACGGCCUCUUCCUCGGCCGCAUCGACUACCAGGACAAGGCGCAUCGGCUCAAGCAGCGCUCCAUGGAGGUGCUGUGGCGAGGCAGCGACGAUCUCGGCAAGUCAUCCGACAUCUUCACCGGCGUGCUGUACAACACGUACUCGCCACCGCCCGGUUUCUGCUUCGACGUGUUGUGCGACGACGAGCCUAUUAUCGACGACGUCUCCUCACCUAUGUACAACGUUGACUCUAAGGUUACAACGUUUCUUGCGUACGUGCUAGCUCAAUCCACGUACUAUAGAAGCAACAACGUGUUAGUCACCAUGGGCGGGGACUUCACAUUCAUGGAUGCCUUCAUGUGGUUCGACAAUCUCGACAAACUUAUCAAAUACGCCAACAUGAAAUCGGCGAAGGAGAAUCUGAACGUGAAGCUGUUCUACUCUACUCCUACCUGUUACUUGAAGGCAGUCAAGGAUGCCAACCCAAGUUUACCCAUCAAACAAGAUGACUUCUUCCCGUACGCAUCCGACUCAACUGCCUUCUGGACUGGUUACUUCACUUCUCGCCCAACCACCAAGAGGAUGGAGAGAGAGACCAACAACUAUCUACAGACCUUUAAAAUGUUGCAAGUCCUGACGAAUCUGCCGCAAUCCAACAUGUUCAUUCUGAAUGAGCUUAAGAGUGCCAUGGGCAUGAUGCAGCAUCACGACGCCAUCACGGGCACUGAGAAGCAACACGUAACUCACGACUACGAGCGUAUUGUUUCGCGGGCGGUGGACGACGCUUACAUCAUCGGCAACCAGGCUUUCAACAAGCUGGUCAAGCCAGAAGCGAGCUUAGUGUACGAACGCUGCGAGUUCAACCAAUCGCAGUGCGGCGUCACUGAGCGCAGCCAGGCUUUUGUCGUGACAGUGUUCAACAACCAGGUGUUGCCCAAAGCCUCGACCAAGAUAGACCUGCCCGUCAUCGGUGAAGGUUACUCCGUUUACGACGAAACUGGGAUCAACAUACCCUGCGAGAUACAAAAACUGUCGUCAGAAUACUUCGCAAUGCCAACCAGACAAUCCAAUGCCACGCACAACCUAUGCUUCUUCGCUAAAAACUUGCCCGGGCUCGGUUAUAGAAACUUCUAUGUGAAAAAAGACUCGAAAGAAAAAAGAGACACCAAGAAAAGAUACGAUUAUUAUUCUAAUAUAAAUGAUUAUUGGAAAGAUAUUAGAGAUAAAAUUGAGGUUGAUAUAAAGAAUGUAGAAGAUGAAACGAUUGUGUCUAAAUCUGAUACGAAUGUUUUGGAAAAGGUACCAGUUAGAGAUAACUUGAACGUAGAAGUUCAUGAUUACGAUGGAGAUAUCAAUUGGGAUGUCUUGAAGGAUGGAGAUGAGAAUACUGAAGAAGAGAUUCAGGGUAUACUUAAGGAAGCGAGCAAGAAGCUUGUUGAAGAUAUGGCGCGAGUCAGCAAGGACAAGAAAACGAUGUUCGCGAGAAUGAGCGACGACGAGAUGCGGAUGCUGUCUGAUGAUCCUCUGGUCGUGGAAGGCCCGCGUGACAUAGUGCUGGAGAACGAUUACAUCAUCCUGGCCAUCAAUAAGGACAAUGGUUGGAUGAGCUACUCGUCCAAAACGGAUGGAAGAACGCUCAACUACCUCCCCGUGCCUGGCUACUACAUCGGCUGCGAGGGCGAUAAUAAGGCCCCAGCCAACCGCUCGUCGGGCGCCUACAUCCUCCGCCCCAACACGACCUCCUCCCCGGACCUCCACACCUUCAACAACUUCGUCAUCACCAACGUCGUCCAAUCGGAGCUGCAGGAGGUCCGCAUACACUACGACAAUUCCGUCUGUCUCACUGUCGGCUUGAAAGACGAUACUAUGUACUUUUCUACUAUUUUAAAUAUAGAUUUAGGCAGAGAAUAUGUACUCAGAUUCCAAACUGAUUUGAGAACUGAUGGCGUUUUCUACACUGAUUCUAACGGACGGCAGAUGUUGAAAAGAAUUAGAAACAGCCGCCCGCAAUGGAAUGUUACUUUAGCUGAACCGAUUCCAGGCAACUAUUACCCGAUAGUCAACGAGAUUUAUAUAGAAGAUGAAGAUUUGAGGGUAGUUGUUAAUGUGGAUAGGGCUAGAGGUGGCGCGUCGUUAAAAGAUGGUUGGUUUGAAAUUAUGCAGCACAGGAGACUGAAACAUGAUGAUGCGUUUGGUGUAGGAGAAGCGCUGAACGAAACUGUCGGUGGUAAAGGCUUGUACAGCAUUGACACAGUUAUGCUACAAGUCGUUCCCAAAACUAAAGAAAACUUAAUAAAAGCCGCUGAAAACAGCCUACAAUUCUUCUCCGAACCGCAGCUUUUUGUAGCAGAAGCACCUUUCAAUUUGGACAGAUUCAAAACUAUGAAAAACGAAUACAGUUUUCUAAAAACUGAUCUUCCUAAAGGCAUUCAUUUGUUAACUUUGGAGCCGUGGAAAGAUAAGAUUUUGCUACGUUUAGAAAACUAUUUCGAUAAAGAAUUGUCCCCUGAUUUUAUUUCUGUAGAUUUGAGUAAAGUGUUUAAUACGAUUGAGAUUAAAUCGAUAAAAGAAACUACUUUAGCGGCUAAUAUUUGGUUAGAAGACUAUAAACAGUGGGAAUGGAAUACAGAUGAAGAGUUUUCUGAAAAUUUUAACACAGAGUAUGGGAACGAAGACGUGUACAGAGCCAAAGAGCGCAAGAAGUAUGAUGAUGAUGGACUGAUUAUUAAACUAGGGGCCAAAGAAAUCAGGACGUUUGUGGCUGAGUAUGGGGUAAAAAACCUUAUUUUAUAAUUGUUAUUAGUCAAGUUAAUGUAGAAUAAAGAUUUAAAAAACUU